CCAGUUGGCGUUUUAAAUGCUUCAAGAAAGUGAGGUUGUGUUUGAUCUACAGCUGUUGAUUCACAGUUUACAAACGGAUCAAAGAAAAAUACGCAGUAUCAGUUUGAUAAAGGUACGGAUCGUGUACUGUUUGGCUCCGUAAGAAAUUAUUUAUUGGUUACGACAAUUAACUUAUUAAUUCAGCAAACGAAAUCCCAGUAGUUGCAUUGUUUACGGGCGUCCUAACCUCGCUUCGUUUUACCGCUUCGAGUAUCGUCGAGCGACUUAAAUGCCACACGACAAGAAAACUACACGGCGGAGCCGGUCGCGCGAGCGCGAUCGCGAGCGUGAUCGCGAGCGACGUGAGCGACGGCGCACCAGGAGUCGAUCGAAGGACCGCAAGAAGGACAGGAAGCGAUCCAGGUCGAGGGAACGGUCGCGGGAACGGGAUAGGUCGCGCGAGCGAGACCGGGAACGUUCGAGGGAACGCCGGGAAGCGAAAGACAGAUCCAAGGACGAGAAGAAGUACAAGAAUAGCCCGAUACUUACCGGUGAGGAUGACUCGAAGAAGGACCUGAAGAGCGACGGUAAGAAGGAAGAGGAAGAGGCAGAGGGGAAAGCCAAGCUGCCGCCGAAGAAAGAGCCAUUGAGUCUGGAAGAGUUAUUGGCGAAGAAGAAGGCAGAGGAAGAGGCUCGAGCGAAACCAAAGUUCCUUACCAAGGAGGAACGUACUGCUCUGGCACUGCAGAAGCGUCAACAGGAGGUUGACGCAAUGAGGAAGCAGCAGGAGGAAAAAUGCAAAUCUCUGUUUCAUAAUGAUAACGCUGGCAAGGACAGAGAAUGGGAUGACAGGGACAGUAGAAGGCGAGAAGGGCCAGGACGUUCACGCGAGGAAGAAAUUAAGGAUAAGGAUAAAGAAAAAGAAGUGGAGGCGAUCAAGGAACGAUAUUUAGGCCUUAUAAAAAAGAAACGGCGAGUUAGAAGAUUGAACGAUCGAAAGUUCGUCUUUGAUUGGGACACUUCGGAAGACACCUCUGUAGAUUACAACAAUAUUUACAAGGAGAGGCAUCAGGUGCAAUUCUUCGGUCGAGGCAAUUUAGCGGGUAUCGAUAUUAAAGCACAGAAGCGGGACCAAAGCAAAUUUUACGGCGAACUAUUGGAAAAGAGGCGCACGGAAGCUGAAAAGGAACAAGAAAAAAUGAGAUUAAAAAAAGUCAAACGCAAGGAGGAGAAACAGAAGUGGGAUGACCGGCACUGGUCCGAGAAAGCCCUGAACGAGAUGACCGAACGUGACUGGCGUAUCUUCAGGGAGGACUACAACAUCACGAUAAAGGGCGGCCGCAUUCCCGAUCCUAUUCGCUCGUGGAAGGAGUCCGGCUUUCCCAAAGAGAUCUUGGACAUCAUUGACAAAGUAGGCUACAAGGAUCUCACGCCUAUCCAACGACAGGCGAUCCCUAUUGGUCUGCAGAAUCGUGACAUUAUCGGUGUUGCCGAAACUGGUUCCGGAAAGACGCUGGCGUUCCUGAUUCCGCUAUUACUGUGGAUCACCAGCCUGCCGAAAAUCGAGAGGCUCGAGGAGGCAGACCAGGGACCCUACAGCAUCAUCUUGGCACCAACACGUGAGUUAGCCCAACAAAUAGAGGAGGAGACUAACAAAUUCGGCCAACCGUUGGGCAUCCGGACUGUCGUAGUAGUGGGUGGUCUGUCGAGAGAGGAGCAAGGCUUCAGAUUACGAAUGGGUUGCGAGAUCGUCAUUGCUACACCUGGACGGUUGAUAGACGUUCUUGAAAACAGAUAUCUCGUACUAAAUCAGUGUACUUACAUCGUGUUGGAUGAAGCUGACAGAAUGAUAGACAUGGGUUUUGAGCCAGAUGUUCAAAAAAUUCUGGAAUACAUGCCGGUGACGAACCUGAAACCGGACAACGAGGAUGCGGAAAAUGAAGAGAAGCUCUUGGCCAACUAUAACACGAAGAAGAAAUACAGACAAACGGUGAUGUUCACCGCUACGAUGCCACCGGCUGUAGAGCGACUGGCCAGAACAUAUCUGAGGAGACCGGCAGUAGUGUACAUCGGUAGUGUUGGUAAGCCAACGGAGCGCACCGAGCAGAUAGUCCACAUAAUGGGCGAAGCUGACAAGCGCAAGAAACUCAUGGAGAUACUGAGCAGAGGGGUCGAACCGCCUGUCAUCAUAUUCGUCAACCAGAAGAAGGGCGCGGACGUUCUCGCGAGAGGCCUGGAAAAAUUGGGCUACAACGCCUGUACUCUGCACGGUGGCAAAGGCCAGGAGCAGCGAGAGUACGCCUUGGCGUCACUCAAAAGCGGAAGCAAGGAUAUCCUCGUGGCCACCGAUGUUGCCGGACGUGGUAUCGACAUUAAGGACGUAUCGAUGGUCAUCAACUACGACAUGGCUAAAACUAUUGAGGAUUACACACACAGAAUUGGUCGAACCGGACGUGCUGGUAAAGCCGGUCUUGCAAUUUCGUUUUGCACGAAGGACGACAGUCAUCUGUUUUAUGAUCUCAAACAAACCAUUCUCUCAAGCCCGAUAUCUACCUGUCCGCCAGAGCUACUUAAUCAUCCGGACGCUCAACAUAAACCCGGAACAGUGGUCACCAAGAAGCGGCGAGAGGAGAAAAUCUUUGCUUAAUCACGUAAUUGCGAUUUAACGAGAGUCUAGCGUUAGUUUGAUCAAAAAAGCCUAGAAUCAUUUCACGAAAAAGAAGAAAAGUGUAAAAGGACAAUUCUAUGAAUCAGAAUCAUCGAUCGAAUUUAAGGAAAUUAGACAACGUGGAUUCGAAUUUUCCGAACACUUUUUUCACGUUUUUUUCAAGACACUGAAAUCUUUGAAUUUAUCUUUGUAUACUUGAAUGUAAUUUACAUCCAGUGAUAUAAAUACGAUAAAUGUUUCCGACAUUAACUAUAUGUAAAUAAUUAUUUACAGUAUAGAUAUAAUAAAAUUAUUUGAAUUA